ACAUUUAAUCGAUACCUUUUUUCUCAAAUUAAAUAUUCUAUAGCUACAUACAUAUUGUCUCAAAUUUUGAAAUACUAGACAGUCUCUAGCAAAAAAAUUUACGAAUUUGAGAUAUUUUAAGUUCUUCUUAACUUCCUAAUCGAAUUCCUAACUGACAAUGAAUCAAUAACGAAGCUUUUAUAACUAAAGAACAAAAAUUUAAGAAUGUUCUCAAAACUUCCGAUUCAAGCGGUUCGUGGAGCUGCCUCUGCAAUCCGUACCCAUCAAAUUCCAGGUCACAGACUCCCACUAGCAAAAUAUGGUGGUCGACAUACAGUUUGUGCCCUUCCUGGAGAUGGAAUUGGCCCCGAGAUGAUUGCCCAUAUCAGAAAUAUUUUCUCGUUUUGUCAUGCUCCAGUCAACUUUGAAGAAGUGCAAGUCUCAUCGUCGCUUUUGGAUGGAGACAUGGAUGCUGCUAUGCUGGCAAUUGAAAGAAAUGGUGUUGCUAUAAAGGGAAACAUUGAAACAAAACACGACGAUCCACAAUUCAACUCUCGUAACGUUGAACUCAGAACUAAAUUGGAUCUCUAUGCCAAUAUUCUUCACUGUGUCACAAUUCCAACAGUACCUACCAGACAUUCUGGAAUUGAUAUUGUUCUUAUACGUGAAAAUACGGAAGGAGAAUACUCUGGAUUAGAACAUGAAGCAGUUCCAGGAAUCGUAGAAAGCAUUAAAAUCGUCACCCGUGAGAAAAUUGAGAGAAUCUCAAGAAUGGCAUUUGAAUAUGCAAAAGCAAAUGGAAGAAAGAAGGUUACAGCUGUUCAUAAAGCUAAUAUUCAGAAACUUGGAGAUGGACUUUUCCUAAAGGUUGUUCGGGACAUGUCAGAAGAUUAUAAGGAUAUCAAAUUUGAAGCAAUGAUUGUGGAUAAUGCCUCAAUGCAACUUGUCUCUAAACCUCAACAGUUCGAUGUAAUGGUUAUGCCAAAUCUUUAUGGAAAUAUCAUUUCGAACAUUGCAUGUGGCCUUGUCGGUGGACCUGGAUUAGUGUCUGGAAUGAAUCUUGGAGAUAAAUAUGCUGUUUUUGAAACAGGAACUCGUAAUACUGGAACUUCUCUUGCUGGAAAAGAUAUUGCCAAUCCAACUGCGUUCAUUCGAGCAUCUGUUGAUAUGUUGAGAUAUUUGGGAUGCCAUUAUCACGCUAAUAUUAUUUCCGAUGCAUUGUGGAAGGCUCUUGUUGAACAAAGAAUUCACACUGCUGAUAUUGGAGGAAAUAAUUCGGCCAGUGAUGUUAUCAACGCAACUCUUCAGAACAUCAAAGUUUUGAUGGACGAGAACCCAAAACAUUGAUGAAAUUUCUCGUGCUUUGAUAUAAUUUUAAUUUUCUGGAUUUUAAUAUUUCGUGUCAGGUUUUUAUGUUUUUCAACUAUACUUUUGUAAAUAAAUAAAAAUAUUGAAAUUGA